AUGGAGGACAAGAACGCAAGCCGUAGUGUUCGAGAACAGUUAGGACUUCAGUUCACUAUUGACUACUUGUUGUACAAUAAGGGACGGGACACUGACAAAGUAGAACCAGAGGAUCGUUCCCCUCCAUCUUUUCAAGCCACGAGCAAUGAGAAGAAGGAAGGAAAUCUCUUAGAACAGGAUAGUGGAAAAUCAGAGGACCAAGAUAAAAGUGAAGAAAGAACAGAGGAGAAACCAACCCAGUCCUACAUUGCCCUUAUUUCCAUGGCCAUCCUGGAUUCGGAAGAGAAAAAGCUCUUGCUAUGUGAUAUUUACCAGUGGAUCAUGGAUCACUAUCCUUACUUUAAAAGCAAGGAGAAGAACUGGAGAAAUAGUGUCAGACACAACCUCUCUUUAAACGAGUGCUUCAUCAAGGCAGGUCGCAGUGACAACGGUAAAGGCCAUUUCUGGGCCAUUCAUCCGGGCAACUUUCAAAAUUUCUCUAAAGGUGACUACCACCGAAGGCGAGCCCGGAGGAGGAUUCGCAGAGUAAUGGGACGGCUUCCCUUCUCAGCACCUGCACAUUACCUAAAACAGACACCCUACUGGUGCUAUCCACCACCAUCCCAUCCAGUAAUGUGCUUCUCACCCAGAGUUUACGGGAGUUGGGGUGCAGAAUUUAGACACAUCACACAACAUCCCUUCAUAUACUCGUAUGAUUGAUUGU